AUGUCUGAAGGUAUUACUGAAAUCGACUCUAACUUGAUCGAAACCAACUACGACAACGUCGUCUACUCUUUCGAUGACUUGAACUUGAAGCCUGAAAUUUUGAGAGGUAUCUUUGGUUAUGGUUACGAAACCCCAUCUGCCAUUCAGCAGCGUGCUAUCUUGCCAGUCACCGAAGGCCGCGAUGUCUUGGCCCAGGCCCAGUCUGGUACCGGUAAGACUGCUACCUUCACCAUUUCUUGCUUGCAGAACAUUGACGAGAAGGAAAAGGCCACCCAGGCUUUGAUCUUGGCUCCAACCAGAGAAUUGGCCUUGCAGAUCCAGAAGGUUGUAUUGGCCAUUGGUUUGCACUUGGGUGUUACCGUCCAUGCUUGUAUCGGUGGUACCGCCAUGAAGGACGAUAUCGAGGCCUUCAAGUCUGGUGUCCAGGUCGUUGUUGGUACUCCAGGUCGUGUCUACGAUAUGAUUGACCGUCGUUUCUUCAGAACUGACAAGAUCAAGAUGUUCAUCUUGGACGAAGCCGAUGAGAUGUUGUCCACCGGUUUCACCGAGCAGAUCUACAACAUUUUCCGUUUGUUGCCAGAAACCACCCAGGUCGUUCUUUUGUCUGCCACCAUGCCACAAAACGUCUUGGAAGUCACCACCAAGUUCAUGAGAAACCCAGUCAGAAUCUUGGUCAAGAAGGACGAAUUGACCUUGGAAGGUAUCAAGCAGUACUUCAUCAACGUUGAAGAAGAGCAGUUCAAGUUUGACUGUUUGUGUGACUUGUACGACUCCAUUUCCGUCACCCAGGCUGUUAUUUUCUGUAACACCAAGAGAAAGGUUGAGUACUUGACUGAGCAGUUGACCUCCUCCAACUUCACCGUCUCCGCCAUCCACUCUGAGUUGUCCCAGUCUGAGAGAGACAAGAUCAUGGAAGAGUUCAGAACCGGUUCCUCCAGAAUUUUGAUCGCCACUGACUUGUUGGCCAGAGGUAUCGAUGUUCAGCAGGUUUCCUUGGUUAUCAACUACGACUUGCCAUCCAACAAGGAAAACUACAUCCACAGAAUCGGUAGAGGUGGUCGUUUCGGUCGUAAGGGUGUUGCCAUCAACUUCGUCACCGACCAGGAUGUUGGCAUGAUGAGAGAGAUUGAGAAGUUCUACUCCACUCAAAUCGAAGAGAUGCCAGCCAACAUCGGUGACUUGUUCGCUUAAACCCCCUGAGUCUUUUAUGCACUCUUUUUUACGUUAUAUUCAUAUAGGUAAACCCC